AUGGGUAAAUCAUCUGGUACUCGUUACGCUUUCCAGCGUGAUUUCAAGAAACAUGGAGCCAUCCCAUUGUCAACUUACUUGAAAGUAUACAAAGUUGGUGAUAUUGUUGAUAUAAAAGCCAAUGGUUCUAUCCAAAAAGGUAUGCCACACAAAUACUACCACGGUAAAACUGGUAUAAUUUACAACGUUACCAAAUCGUCAGUUGGUGUUAUCAUCAACAAAGUUGUUGGAAACAGAUACAUUGAAAAAAGAGUCAACUUGAGAGUCGAACACGUUAAACACUCUGCUUGUCGUCAAGAAUUCUUGAACAGAGUCAAAUCAAACGCUGCUAAAAAGAGAGAAGCAAAAGCUAACGGUGAACACGUGAGCUUAAAGAGAGCUGCUGCUAAACCAAGAGAAGCUAGAGUUGUUUCCGCAACAGAGAAUAUUCCACAAACUUUGGCUCCAGUGCCAUAUGAAACAUUUAUCUAA